CCGCAACAUUUUUAGCUGUCAUCUUUUUAGUGAUAAUAUCGCGAAUUUCACGUCAAAAGCGGAGCUGCAUUACUAGCUAUUAGCAAUAGCAUUAGCAAUAGUCCGAAGUGGGGCACCCGGCAACAAGAAAAUAAGUUUAAUCUUUGUCAGGUUACGGACCAGUGAACUCAUUCCUGAUGAAGUUACUUGGAUGAGCAUUAACCAUGUUUACUUCAAAGGUUAUCCCUCGUCUCAAUCUAUUACGUAGAGGAGCGCGUGCACUUCAAGCUCCUGGAGACAUUUUGAAUCUGCGUAUACAAACUAUUCUUCCUGCUUACUGCUCUUCGCUACAACACAAACUGAGAAACUACUCAACAGCAGCAGGCAACGCAUCUUCUCCUCGAUGGGUACAACUUGAGCCAGAACUGGACGAGGCUCUUGUGCCGCGUAAAAUGUCAUUAAGUCCUCUAGAGAGCUGGCUCUCCCUACGCUACUCCCUUCCUCCCCUGCUGGAGUCUGCUCAGCUGCAGGAGGACGUAGGUCUGCUGGAAGAGAAGGUGCUGCCACCCAUCUCUGUCCCAGCUUUGGAGGAUGGGGAGGGCUCAGCAACACCCCUUAGUUGUAAAAAUGAUGUCGAGGUCCGACGGCGGAUGGUCAACCGACAUAAAUACAAGAAGCUGCUGAAACGGAAUAAAUUCUUGAGGAAGAGAGUGAGUGACGGCAGGGCGAAAAAGAAGCAGAAAUUCUUUGAGAAGGAUCUGGAGCGUAUUUGGAAACGAGCUGGACUGAAGGAGCCUCCAGAGGGAUCACACGUACCUAAGAUCUUCGUUAAACAAUAUGGAAACAAAAGGGACUGAGAAACACUGACGGAUCAUCGAGUGUGUGUCGCAUCCCUCACACCGGACGGCUCAGCUCACCACACUUCACACACUGCAGUUAAAACUCCUGUUGUUUCAGUGAUGAGGAUUGUUUUUUUUAAACAAAGUGUACAUAAUCUAAUAAAACUCUUUCUUUGUCAAGCCCAAAGCA